AUUUCAAGGUAUAAGGAAUUCUCAUGAACUCUGGCUACUCUUUAUUGAAUCAGUGAUUAUCAGUCUUACUGGCCAGUGUAUCCUCUCUAAGAUGAACAGUGCUACUGCUCCUCCAUCUUAUGAACAAGGGGUCCUUCCUGCUCAGCCUAUGAUGGUGCAGGCACAACCUUACCAGCCAAUGGUGGUAUCAUAUCCUUACUAUAUUCAACACAAACCACAGCUACCCUCAUACCUCAUUCCUAAUGACUACAUUAUUCCAUCAAUCAUAAUUUUGGUCAUAUCUUGUAUAUUCAACAUUACAGCUCUGUUCCUUUCUAUACCAGCUCUGGGCUGUGCCAUGUUUGCAUGGGAGACCAAGACCAGGGGAAUAGAGUUCUAUCCUAAAGCAAAGCGGUUUGGGUUUGCUGCUCUCAUUUUGAAUAUUGUUGCUCUUCUUUGGAUAUUUAUUUGUGGCUUUGUUGUGCUUACAACAGUAGCUGAUUAUCAUUAUCGAGAUUAUUAUUAUUAUUAUUAAUCAGCUGUAAUCAACACUAAAAGCUAACAAUGACUGUCUUUAUUAUUGUAAUUUUUAUUUCAGAAGAUUUAACACUAUACAAUAA